AGAAGACUAAACUAGUCUCAAAAAAGCACCCAAGAGCAAAGCUGCCAUAUGGAAUAGCAGAUACACGGAGUAAUUGUGCUACCAGCAACCACCUAGAUUCUAGAAUGUCUGAUCUGGACCAUCGUUUCCAAACCUUGACAUGAUAUAUGUUUAAUAUUGCUCUGUAUGAAAUGCCAACGAGCAAAUGCCUGUGGAACACAAUCUGAGAGCAGUCAUUUCUAACCAUAGGACUUGGAAUCGUGUUGACAGGAUAGAUCAGGUGACCAGGAACAGCCAUGGGAUGUGGCGUCACAAAAAACCACCAGUUUCUCCACCAGAACAAGUCAGACAAAGGUAACAAGGAAUAUCAAGGGUUGUUGUUGGUUCAUGAGACGCAUUAUCGUCCUCGUUUUGAACUUGUAUUUACAUUAUUGUUGAUCUGAACUAAUUAUUAAUUAACUUUAUUUGGAAUUGCCACUUGAAGGAGCCCUUGUACCAGGUAAAUCAGCUCUGAAAUAAAUUCAAUGCCUUCUGUAAAGCUGAGAUACUGAUGUAUGUGUAUUACAUUCUAACGAAAGAGUGUCAAACACAAUUAACUAGUGCUGAGAUUAACCAUGGUAUAGUUAUACUAUACUGUCCUCAAAACCUCAGCUGAUCUUAAUGUUUUUUUUUCUCCUCUGUGCAAAACUACUUGCAGCCGCCAUAUCGAUGAAGGCGGCUGUGUUGAUCCAGCGCUGGUACCGACAGUAUGUGGCUCGUAUGGAGAUGAGGCGCAGAUACACCUGGAACAUCUUCCAGUCUAUUGAAUAUUCUGGGGAACAGGCCCAGAUUAAGCUUUACAAUUUCCUUGGAUACCUCAUGGACAAUUUCACACCCUCUAGUUCUGAGCGAAAACUGAUCUCCCGCAUCUUCCGGGAGAACGAAGUGUGUCGGGAUGUGGAGUGGGAGCGGCAUUUCUGCUACAAGAACAUCGAUAUCCCCGAUAUCUACUCAGGACCUCACCUCACCUUCCCUUUGGACGUCAACCAGGCAGCUGUCCUUGUCGAUGCCUUCAGGAACAAGAGACAGCUCCACUCUCGGUAUGUUCUCCAACUCCUCCUGGAAACUUGGAAGCUGCUCCGAAGUCUGCCAAACAUCAGCCGCAUCUCCACCUGCAACAGCAAGGAAAUCACCAUCUGUGGUGAUCUACAUGGUCAACUGGAGGAUCUGCUGUUGAUCUUCUACAAGAACGGAAUGCCGUCCCUGGAGAGACCAUACGUGUUUAAUGGAGACUUUGUCGACCGAGGCAAAGACUCCAUCGAGAUUCUCCUCAUCCUUUUCUCCUUCCUGCUGCUGUACCCCAGCGACGUCCAUCUCAACAGGGGAAACCACGAAGACCACAUCGUCAACUUGAGGUAUGGCUUCACUAAGGAGGUCCUGGGGAAAUACAAGAUGCACGGCAAACGGAUUCUGAAGCUUCUCCAGAAGAUCUUCAGCUGGUUGCCCCUGGCAACAGUGAUCGACCAGAAGGUGUUGAUCUUACACGGAGGGAUCUCUGACACCACAGAUCUCUGCGUGUUAGCCAGGGUGGACAGGCACAAGUACGUGUCAGCUCUGAAGCCUCCCAAAAAGAGUUUCCCGAGCGCAGCGGCCCAGUUGUCUGUGGACUCUGACAUCGACGAGGACUCGGCGAUUCCCAAGAGCAACCUGCGACGCGUCUCCCUCGCCGACCCCAAGCCCUUCCCCGAGCGCGACAGCUUCCAGCGCCGGUCGCUCCAGGAUUUCUCCGACCGGAUCGACCGGACGGCGCCGGAGGAGGCGGAGCUGCUACGGCGCCGGGCCGAGUUGGUAAACUCCGGGUUGAGUCAGACGCCGCUGAACAUGGUGUCGUCGGAUGCCUCCACGGACUCCACCGACCACCAGGAAGGAGAUUCGGAGUGGAGACAGAUCCUAGACCUGCUGUGGAGCGACCCUAUGCCCCAGAACGGCUGCAUGCCCAACGAGGUGAGGGGAGGGGGCUGCUACUGGGGGCCAGACGUGACGGAGGACUUCCUCGCUAAACACAACCUGCAGCUCAUCAUCCGCUCACACGAGUGCAAGCAGGAGGGCUACGAGUUCUGCCACAACCGCAAGGUGCUGACUUUGUUUUCGGCCUCUAACUACUAUGAGGUGGGGAGUAACAGGGGGGCUUACGUGAAACUGGGACCAGACCUGGUACCUUAUCUGAUCCAGUAUCAGGCCAGCAUCCUGACACGGGAACUGUCCGUGAGGCAAUGUGUGGGCCGCACGGAGCAUUCAGCCCUCAAGGUUCUACGGGAGCAGUUGUUUUCACACAAAUCUGACCUAAUCUGUGCCUUCCAAGAGUAUGACACUGAAAACACAGGCCUGGUAUCUCUUAACGACUGGGCCAAUGCCGUGGAGAGUGUGAUGCGUCUGGGCCUGCCCUGGCGAAUGCUACGCUCUCAGCUGGUUACCUGCAAAACGGCCAACAACAUGCUGGACUACCACGAAUGGUUCCAAGAACUCGCCAUUAUCGAGCCGAGCAUGGAGCACAUUGAGCAGGGUCUGCUGCAAACCCUAUACCGACAUCGCUCCACCCUUGAAACCAUCUUCAGGAUUGUGGACACAGACAAUUCUGGCUUCAUCACCAUGGAGGACUUCCGACAAACGUGGAAGCUGCUGAGCGUCUACCUCAAGAUGGAGAUCACCGACGACGCCAUCACGGACCUGGCCAUCACCAUCGACGUGAACCAAGACGGGAACAUCGACAUCGACGAGUUCAUGGAGGCUUUCCGCGUGACGGACAAGAAGAGCCGUCUGGAGAGAGGACGCAGCAUGUUCAUGGGAACCGCCACUGACCUCACCAAGCUGGAGGGGGAUCCAAACAUAUGACGUGUGUGUGUGUGUGUGCGUGCGUGCGUGUGUGAGAGAGAGAGUAGUUGGAGGCUGGAGAGUGACUGAAAGCUGCUUUGCUGACGUACAUUAGGAGCUGGACCCGUAAACAGCGCCAGCAGUGGCGAUUAGCCACGAUUAAGCGUAGGGCUGCCUCAUUCUAACUCCACUGGGACGGUGGUAAGGAGGUCAAAGUUUAAAGAGACGGCUUUGGGCUGUUCAGGAUGUCACUGACAACAUUAUGUUUUUGGCGGGAUAUCCCAGGAAGGAUUUGGACGGUGUGUUGGAGACAUAUGUCACUCGUAACACAUUAGUACUUUAAUGAGUACACGCUUGUGAGAAGAUUUGCGCAGCCGUGACUUUUUUGGGACUCACACUGUAGAUCUGGUCUAAAUGUUAUUGGUGCCUUAGUUAUAGGAUAUUCAGGAUUCUUUAGAGAGUGAAUACUUUGCGUCAUUGCCAACCCGACAGUGGACGAUGCAGUAGGAUCUUGUUCUCAGAUGAACUCUGUGUGGGAACAUCGGCCUGUUUUUAAACGAGAGCGUAGGGAUGAGUCAUCUUCCACAAGUCAGACUGCUCCUGCCUGCCUCUCUGAACCCUGUUCCUCUGGCCCGUACCAACUGCUUGAUUAUUUAUCCGAAUUUUUGGGUUUGU